AUGUCCAAAGAACUGUAUUUUACAAACAAAGAAACUGGUGAACAGUAUCCUCUGGGCGGUUUUCGCCCAUCGUCAAAACCGUCAACAGCCAAAAAGUUUUCGUCCAUUCCAAAAUUUGGGUGUGCAGAAAUACCCAAAAAAGUGGAUUUACGUGAGAUGAUGACACCAGUUGAAAGUCAAGGAACUUUACAAUCAUGUCUUUAUCUUUGUAGUGUUGGAAAUGCUUUAGCCGGUGCGUAUGAAUUUUUGAUUAAAAAAAACAGCAGUAAACAUGUUGAUGUUAGUCGUUUGUUUAUUUAUUACAAUGCUCGAGUUAAAGAGGGAAAUUGCUACGAGGAUGGCGGAACAACAAUUGUGGCAGCUGUCGAAGCACUAGAACAGCUUGGCUGUUGUAAGGAAGAAACAUGGCCUUAUGAUCCAAGCAUGGUCGGUCAAGAACCAUCGAAACAAGCUUACGAAGAAGCUAUGAGAUAUCGUGUAUCCGAGAAGCUAUCCGUCGAUACAGAAUUAAACACCAUGAAAGCGUGUCUCGCUCGGGGCUUUCCGUUUGUGUUUGGAAUUCAGUUAUUUGAAUCGUUUGGCCAAGCAGAUGACCCUGAAACGAAGGGAAGGGUUCCUCUACCCGGAGAGAAUGAAAAAGAGGGUUCGAAUGGUCAUGGAUGGCACGCAAUGUUAGCCGGUGAUAAAGGCUACUGUUAUAUUCCGUAUGAUUACAUGGCCAAUAAAGAUCUUUGUUUGGAAGCGCAUGCUGUUCGAGCCGUGAGAAGAGACGACGCUCAGACAGUACAAUCAAAUGCACUACCAUAUCCGACAACAGCGCCUGUUUGGAAAGGCACUUCUGCCCCACCGUUUUUACCCAUUCUUCCAUCGAAUUGGGGAUGGAAUGCAAUGGACACCACCGAUAUUUACGGGUGGGACAAGAACAAGAACUUAGCCGAUACCAACUACGCAAUUGAAGCAAAAAAGACAGAAGAAACAGAGAAGCAACCACAAACCUCAAAUGGUCCACACAUUCUGUGGGUUGAUAGUGAGAAGGUAAAAGAAGAUCCGCUCUGUCGACAUCUAAAAGCCGAAAGUGGUGUUAACAUUACGUUUUGUGACACAAUCGCGAUGGCUGAACAAUAUUUAUCUAAAAAUAUUCAGUACAUUAAAAACUGUCGACCAUUUCAAAUUAUUUGUCGUGGCUAUUAUCAGUCGGAAAACAGAAAUCCACUUAAUAUGUUAGACCUAAUUGAUGAAAACCAAAUUUCUUCGACACCGAUUGUUGUUUACACGAGAGAUAAAAGUGGUGUUGAGAGAUGGUUGGCGCAAUCGCCAACUCAAGCUUGGCGACAGCGAUUAUUCAUAACGGAUGACGGAGAACAAGCAUUCAACUAUAUUAAAAAGGGUUGGAAGUCCGGUACAUCAUGA